CCCCACCCCCUGAGAUUUCAGGAACUGGAACCAUGGAUUGCUGGUCUUCUUCUGUCACCUUCGAUGACGAAUUUGAGAAGCUUGUGCUCAGGAUGAACCCACCAAGGGUGAGUGUUGAUAACAUAUCAGACAAGAGAGCAACUCUCAUCAAGGUUGAUAGUGCAAAUAAGCGUGGAAGCUUGUUGGAGGUGGCUCAAGUUCUUACUGAUAUGGACCUCAUUAUUCGCCGUGCUUAUAUUUCUUCGGACGGAGAAUGGUUUAUGGAUGUGUUUCAUGUGACUGAUCAGCAUGGAAAUAAGCUCACCGAUCAUGGUAAUGUCGUGGAACGAAUUAAACAGUCCUUGGGACAGAGGAGUUAUAGCUUUCGGUCAUUGACAAGAUCGGUCGGUGUUCAAUCUGCUGUUGAGCACACAACAAUUGAAUUGUCAGGAAGAGACCGACCCGGCUUGCUUUCGGACAUCUGUGCUGUCCUCACCGACCACAAGUGUAACGUUGUGGCAGCCGAAGUAUGGACCCACAACUCAAGAAUGGCUUCCCUUCUCUACAUCACGGACGAACAGAAUGGGCGGGCAAUAGACGACCCAGAAAAGCUAACCAAAAUAAAGCAGCUUCUGUUAUACAUUCUCAUGGGGGACAGAGACAGGACAGGCGCGAACAGCGCAGUUUCUUUUGGUUCCACACACAAAGAGAGGAGGCUGCACCAACUGAUGUACGCUGAUCGUGAUUACGACAAAGACAAUGUGAAUGAAGUGUCAAGGAAUCAGCCCGGACCGGUUGUGGCUGUCGAGAAUUGGGCCGAAAAGGAUUACACCAUGGUGAAUUUGAGGUGUCCGGACCGGCCCAAACUCUUGUUUGAUACCGUCUGCACUCUAACAGAUAUGCAGUAUGUAGUGUAUCAUGGCACUAUCAUUGCCGAAGGGCCCGAGGCUUAUCAGGAAUACUACAUUAGGCAUACUGAUGGAUGCCCCAUCAGUUCUGAAGCCGAAAGACAACGCUUAAUCCAUUGCUUGGAGGCUGCUAUCAAGAGACGAACCUCAUCGGGGAUAAGACUGGAGUUGUGCAGCGAAGACCGGGUCGGGCUUCUAUCGGACGUGACGCGGAUAUUUAGGGAGAACGGGCUUUCAGUGACCAGAGCGGAGGUCACCACCAGGGGUUCACAAGCGGUGAAUGCUUUCUAUGUGACCGAUACAUCCGGAUGCCCGGUUAAGAGCGAAACCAUCGAGGCAGUCAGGGAAAAAAUAGGGUCAAACAUUCUCCGUGUGAAGGACGACCUGCACUCCAACCCGGGGGGGCCACCCCCGCCGCAACAGACUCCCAGAUUCUCCCUGGGGAAUCUGUUCCGGUCGAGGUCGGAGAAAUUCCUCUACAACUUGGGGCUGAUCAAAUCGUGUUCUUCGGCCGUUUGUUAGGAUGUUUCUGUUCAUUUCCCCCUCUCUCAGAUAGCUCAUGUGUUUGGGGUUUAGCUAUGAGCAUUAAAUGUACAUUCCUUUCUUGUAAAUACACAAAUUCAUUUCAUCUUUCAAUAAGUAUGUUGGAGUUAG